AAUCUUCAAACAGAUCGAAUGCUUCGAUAAAGAAGAAAAGAAUUUCUCUACUCUAUCGGGAAAAGAGUUCUAGAAAUGAGCAUAGUUCUCUCACUGCAAGUAUCAUAAGAGGCUCUUACCUACGUGCAAUUAAGGAACUUCAAAAGACUAACAAAAUCCUUGCCUUGGCCGUUCAAAAAAGUAAAGCAAAGGAAAACCGUAACAAAAUAUUUCUCGAAGAUUAUGCAAAAGUUAUUAAUAAUAUAAUGUUUUCUCGUGCAAACUUGCUCCAGUCUGUUCAAAACACUAAGCAAAUUCUCACAGAUCUGGAAGAAACCUUGCUGUAUCUGGAAAUACCUUCGGGACCUAUUCCUUUCGUAUUAAAUGGCGUAUAUAGAAGUGAUCACAAAAACCGCACAAUAGAAUUGAAUCCAAUUAAUGAGCUAAUUUCAGAGAGUUCUGAGAAAAAUGAAGUACAUUCAGACGAUCAUAAGCAGGAGAAAGGAAAAUGCAUUUUACCUAUAAAUGAAAAUGAAGUGAGGCUAUCAAAUUGGAGUGGUUGUAACGACCCUGGCUCUAAAGAGACUACUAAAUGUAAAGCUGGAAAUAAUUCAACGAAACAGAGCACUAGUGAAUUCAACUUAGAAUCUUCGGUGACUAAAAAUAUGUUGGAUGAAGCACAGCAACAAGAGCAAAGUAGCCGGAGGCGUCACUCCGUUCAGUCACUGUGUGACACUACUAUCAGUUAUUCAGAUUUAGAUUUGGCAAUCGACAAUACUAUACUUUUAAGUCAAAAAAAUCAAAUGAAUUCAGAUUUACCUCACAACCCUUCAGAGGAAAAGAUGAAAUCUUUAAAUUUUGUUAAUUCUCCAAACAUUAACGGUGAAAAGAAAUUAAAAAGUAAAUCUGUAAGCCCUAAAAAAAGAACUUCAAACAACUCUACUCGAAAAUCUACCUUACUUCAAGCAGAUUUUAGCACUGUUUCUAAACUUAUUUCUUUAAAACCUUCAAGAAAUUGUCAAAUUUCUGAGCCCAAAAGAAGCAGCAUUAGCAUAUCUCUUACUAGUAAUCUUUGCAAAGCGGUGAAAAAUGCUACAACUAAUGUUUCAUGUUCAAAUAAGGAAAUUGUUUCAACUAAUCUAUCAGAUACAAGUAGAUUGAGAAAUGUUUCAAAUGAUGCAGAUUCUGAAGUGAACUCUAAUCAACAUGCAAGUAACAAUCUUUGUCAAAAUGCCCAUGAAAAUUUUACUCAAGUCAGCAGAUAUGAAACUGGAAACUAUUCAAACGGAAACAGUACUCAGGUUAUUUCUAAACCUUCGAGGAUCGAUGUCAGAGUAUCUGAAGCACCACUGCAUUACCAACGUAAAAGAAAAAGUUUUUCUGAAAUCAGAUGGACAUACGAUUUACCAGAACUAGAUGAUAUAGAAGACGAGAUUUUUAUGUUUUCAAACAAGCAAAAUUCAGAUUCUACUUUACAAAGAAAUCCUUCUCUAGGAAAUAUCAAUACUCAACAGAUAAAUUCAGAAAAGAUUCAGCACAAGUCGGAAAGAAGUAAUUCUGAACCCUUACAAAAAAGACCCAUUAGCAUGAUAAAAAGAACCAAAGCAUCAAGUAAUUGCUGUACUGCUGUUGCUCCAGCUACUGCAAAAAAUCCUUCACUAAUAAACGCAGUAAAUGAACUAGAAUCGAAAUAUGAUAACGGAAGUUGCGGAGAUGAAAGAAGAAAAACGCUCAGGAAGCCAAGAGUUAAAUCUUAUAAAGAGCCACCUCUUAACUGCAAAUUGAGAAGACCAUGAUAGAAACAAGCCUCAAGGUCCUAUACGACUGUCUACACAAAACUGCAACUGUGCAAAAUAACUAACUUUUAAUGUGUGGUUUUAUGGAGAAGAAUCAUAUUCAAUGAAUAUUUAUUUUUAUCCUUUUGAUUUUUUAAAUAAAUAUUACAAAACCUUUGUUGUGCCAGCAUUUCUGUUGAUAUUGUUACGUGGGUACAGUUUCGUAAUGGAUUGAAUAGUGGACAGAACCGAUAAACUUUCAUCAGACUAUGGAAUUUUUCACACAAAAGUACUUUUACAGUUCUUCUUAGUAUAACAGAUUACAAUCAGUAGCUAUCACCUCAAACUACUAAGAAUGUUGAACACCUGAUAAUGCAAAGCGCAUCUACAAGCCAAGCUCUCUUACUGAGCUCUCAGUAUUCUGAACUCAACUGAAAACUAAUGCUCUCUUCGGUAUUACAAAGUUCCCCUCGACCACCAAGAAAUUUGCAAUACCUUCGAUUUCUCAAAAUUAUUGGAAGGUAUACACAGUUACAGUUGCACACAAACCAGGAUGGUUAGACUACCAAUUACUAGGCUAUAUUCAUAUACUAGUUUAACAAGGCCUCACUUCCCUAAUCGCUUGUUUAUCAGUUUAAGAUAAUAAAACUACCCCAUUUUACCUUAGAUGAUUCAUUUUCAUAAGGUUGGAUAUAUUGACCAUAGUCUUGGAAAACGUGAUGCUAUAUUUCUGAAAA